GCAGAGCGCCGCCACUACUGAGAGAAUUGCAGAGGCAGCGGUGCGGGAGACUGAACAGCUUUCAGGAUCUGAAAAAGCAGACAGAGUUCACUCUUGCUAACACAAGUCUGAAGUCACUACAGGGUUAUGCCCUGCAGGGCGAGAGGAAGCAGAGUUCAGAGACUGACGCUGUAGCCCAAGAACAGACUUGGACCUGAGCCACUUGUUGGCUAUUUGAACCUAGACCCCACCUAGGAGCUUCAAAAUUGGGACGCCUUGAUAAGAAAGAUGUUUAGGCUAUACCUGCCACCAGAUCCGAAGGAGGUGGCAGCCAUUGAAGCUAGACGAAAUCGAGAAAAGGAGAGACAGAACCAAAUCUUCAAUGUGCGGACUCGAGUCUUAGGGGUGGAUGUGGCAGCCCUGAAUAGCCAGGUGGAAGAGCAGAAGCUCUGGAAGGCAACAGAGCGGAGCAAGGAGGCAGCUUAUGGUACCAGCCAGGUGCAGUAUGAUAUGGUAGCCCAGAUGCUACAGAAAGAAGAGGCAGAACGGACACGUCGCCUGGCCAAAAAAGUCCAGGAGUUUCGCGAGCAGAAGCAGCAGCUCAAAAAUAGGCAUGAAUUUAACCUUUCGGAUCAAGACCAACACUGGAAGGAGUUUCCAGCCCAUGCCGGUGAUUACGGGCCAGCCAGCAUGCAGUGCUUCGCUGGCGAGGAUCGGGACAGGGCCACGUGCCUGAGAAUGCAGCAGGAGCAGUUCAGGUACAGCCUGGACAAGCAGAUGCAAGAGCGCCAGCAAGCCAGGCUUGAUGAACAGUAUGCAGAUAAGCUCAGUGACCAGCUGCGCCUGGCCAUGGACGCACGGGCCAUCCAGGUGGCCAAGCUGGAGGAGUCCUGUCGCUUAGCCAUGUCGUCUGCCAGGGCCAACGUCAACAGAGCCAAGGCAGCUGAGCUGGCUGAGCAGAAGCGCCUUGAGCAUGAGCACCAACAGGAGGCCAACUUCAUGGAGAUCCAUCACCAGAUCAUUAGUGACCUACUGACUGAGAACCCCCAGGUUGCGCAACACUCUGCGAGUCCCCGCCGGGUCCUGGCCUAUUGCUGGAAAGGCAUGACUCCAGAGCAGCGAGCUGCCAUCAUGAAAGCCCAGGAAAUGCAACGUCAUGAACAGGAGGCACAGCGCCAGGCCAAACAAGCACUGGAUGCCGAAUGGGAAAGCCAGACCUCGUGCCUGGCCCAGGCAGCCAUGGAACUAGAAGAGCAGGAAAGACAGCUGUGUGCUGAAUUCCAGAGGGGACUGGGCUCCUUCAACCAGCAGCUGGCUAAAGAGCAAAAAGCCCAGGAGAAUUAUCUGAAUUCAGUAAUCUACACCAAUCAACCUACACUUGAAUAUCACCUACAGUUCAACACCAGCAGCCGCUAAGCUCAGGAUGGUUCUCUCUUCCUUCUCCAUCAAACUCACAGAGGCUAGGAGUCAGGAAAAUGCUGCACCCCUUCCCCCAAUCCAUUCCCCAGUGGGAGAGAGCUGAGCCAGCACCCCUACCUUCAACCCUACGUAAUAAAGAUGUCCACUAAAACCAUGGCCAUGUGUUGUAAUAGGACACAAAAGGUGUGAGGUACUUACU